AUAAGAGCUUUUUUUUUUUUAAACGUGGAGAGACUCACCGCAGAUACGGGGACGGCAGAUUUGGAAUAUCACAUUGUGCAGCCUCACAGACGGAGGAUGAGGAUAAGAAGGGACUGAGCAGGUGUGUAAUUUGGCCAUGCGGAGGUAGCAGCAGCCUGCAGGUCAGGAUGUCUGAUGUAGAGGAGGUUCAUCCCACCAGGAGAGAGGAGAGCGAGAUUUACUUCAUCUCUGAUGAUGAGGACGACUACUAUGGAGGUGAUGAAGAUGAGGGGAUAGCUGACCAGUCCCACAGCGCCCCCUUCAGCUCAGAGAAUGAGGCUCAGGGUGGCGACUCCGCUGCCUGGCAGUGCACCCCUCCCCCAUCUACCUCACCUUCGGGGGAGAUGCCGGCCCACCCUCCACCCUCCCAGCCCGCUUCCAGACCUCGGUCCAGGCCGGCCAGCCAAAGCCCCUCUCCUCCCUCCGCCCUGACAGGAACCAAGAAGAGGAGCUCCAAACCUGCACACAUGAGGCGCAACAUCAGGAAGUUACUGAGGGAGCAUCAGCUGGAGGCAGUGACCAAAGCCGCUCAGCAGGAAGAGCUUGAGAGGAGACGGCGUCUGGAGCAGCAGAGAAAACAGGAUUUCCCCGUACCAUUGCUGCCUGAAUACACAACUGAUGAUGUGACAAAGCACGUGCAGUCGGCAUCAACAGCAUCGCAGCAAGAAGUGAAGUCUGUCCGACAGGAAGUUAUCAACCUUGACUCCAGCAGCACAGUCAGCAUCGAGGACGACAGCAAGUCUAACGUUCCCACAUCUGCAAGCACACACAAAACAGAUGUAAUUGAUCUGAGCUCAGGUGAAGAUGAUGCAGUUGUCCACAUCAGCGGGGAGUCCAACAUUGAGGAAGAAGACAGUGAGCCAAGCGGCGCACAUGCCAACGACACCCUCAACCGGCCAGACGCGGAGGGCAGGGUGCUGGUUAACCUGAACCAUCCGACUUCAGAGGAGGACAUUUUUCUGUCGCCUCAGCUGGCACGAGCAGUCAAACCUCACCAGAUCGGUGGAAUCCGCUUCCUGUACGACAACCUGGUGGAGUCGGUGGAGCGAUUCAGUAGCAGCAGUGGGUUCGGCUGCAUCCUCGCUCACAGCAUGGGCCUUGGGAAAACCCUGCAGGUCAUCUCCUUCAUCGAUGUCCUGUUCAGACACACCACGGCUCACACUGUGCUCGCCAUCGUACCUGUGAACACGUUGCAGAACUGGCUGUCAGAGUUCAACACAUGGGUCCCACCCCCAGAGGCGAUCCCUCCAGAUGCCGACCCUAAACUGGUGAAGCCUCGGAGCUUCAAGGUUCACAUCCUGAAUGAUGAACACAAGAACACAACGACCAGAGCCAAGGUGGUGGAGGACUGGGCACGGGAUGGAGGGGUGCUGCUGAUGGGCUACGAGAUGUACCGCCUCCUAUCCAUGAAGAAGAGCUUUGUGGCUGGAAGGAAGAGGAAGAGCAAGAAAGCAACAGGACCAGCUGUGAUUGACCUGGACGAAGAGGAUCGGCAGCAGGAAUUACUCAAAGGUGUUGAAAGAGCCUUGGCCCGGCCCGGCCCGGAUGUUGUGAUCUGUGACGAAGGCCAUCGCAUCAAGAACUGCCAUGCCAGCACGUCACAGGCCCUGAAGAACAUACGAACUAGACGGCGUGUUGUCCUGACUGGCUACCCUCUCCAGAACAACUUAAUUGAGUACUGGUGCAUGGUUGACUUUGUCCGACCCGACUUUCUAGGUACACGCCAGGAGUUCAGUAACAUGUUUGAGCGUCCUAUUCUGAAUGGUCAGUGUGUGGACAGCACACCUCAGGACGUCCAGCUGAUGAGGUACAGGAGCCACGUCCUUCACAGUCUGCUGGAGGGCUUCGUACAGAGACGGGGUCAUGACGUCCUGAAGGACCAGUUGCCCUCAAAAGAAGAACAUGUCAUUCUGGUGCGUCUGUCUCCCCUGCAGAGGGCGCUCUACACAGAGUUUAUGAACCGCUUCAGAGAGGCUGGAAACACAGGCUGGCUCAGCCUCAACCCACUGAAGGCUUUCUGUGUCUGCUGCAAGAUUUGGAACCAUCCAGACGUGCUUUAUGAGGCCUUGCAAAAGGAAAACCUGGCCAGUGACCAGGACUUAGACCUUGAUGACAUCACAUCCACACGAUGCCCACCAGCACCCAAUCAGAAGUCCAAGCCCAUAGAGAAUCCAAACCCUAUUGGUGGACUGAGUCUUAACCAGCUGCAGGAGAAAGCCAAUCAGGUCAUCACAUAUGAAUGGGCAAAAGACAUCAUGUGUGACUACAAGCCCGGCCUCCUAGAAAACUCUGCAAAAAUGGUGCUUCUGUUCCACCUGAUAGAGGAAAGUGUCAGGAAGGGAGACAAACUCCUUGUCUUCAGUCAGAGUUUGUCUACACUGACUGUGAUUGAAGAGUUUCUGGCCAAGAGACCAGUGCCUCCAUCACCCAACACAAGCAGCAGGGACAGACCCAACCAGAACUGGGUCCGCAACCUCAACUACUACAGACUGGAUGGAAGUACAACCGCUUCAGAGAGAGAGAGACUGAUAAACCAGUUCAACGAUCCAUCAAACACCUCAGCAUGGGUGUUCUUACUGUCAACAAGGGCUGGCUGUCUGGGUGUAAACCUGAUCGGGGCAAACCGUGUGGUGGUAUUUGAUGCCUCCUGGAACCCUUGCCACGAUGCACAGGCUGUGUGCCGAGUUUACCGCUAUGGUCAGAGGAAGCCGUGUCAUAUCUACCGACUGGUUUGUGACUUCACACUGGAGAAGAAGAUCUAUGACCGCCAGAUCUCCAAGCAGGGCAUGUCUGACCGGGUGGUGGACGACCUGAAUCCUGUGCUGACCUUCACCAGGAGGGAAGUGGAGUCUCUUCUUCACUUUGUGGAGGAGGAACCCGACCCCUCCCAGGUCCAGCUGAAGCCCCAUGACAGCAUUGAGAGCGUCUUGAUGAAGGCACUGCACAACUAUCCUCACCUGAUAACUAAGCAACCAUUCCCUCAUGAGUCCCUGCUGAUGGACCGCAGGGAGCUGAAGCUGAGUAAUGCUGAGAAGAAAGCAGCAAAGAAGGGGUAUGAAAUGGAGAAGAGGGCUUCUGUGCCAUACACUCGUCCUUCCUACGCUCAUUACUACCCUGCCAGUGACCAGAGCCUUACCAACAUCCCUGCCUUCAGUCAGAGAAACUGGCGCCCACCUGCUCACUCUGAGGAGAAGCCUGUAGCCAGUGUGAGACCAGUCCAGUCAACUCCAGUUCCCAUGAUGCCCCGACAGGCAACUGCAGGCUCUGCACCAGGUCAUGACUCAUCAGGAUCCAGUCUGGGAGGGUUCCCUGUCAACUGCCUGCAAAAGGCUGGAGUGUUUGUACAGAAGAUUGUUACCACUACUGACAUAGUGAUUCCAGGCACAAACAGCUCAACAGAUGUCCAGGCUAGGAUCGCUGCUGGAGAGAGCAUCCAUGUCAUCAGAGGCACAAAAGGGACUUACAUCAGGACAUCAGAUGGUCGAAUCUUUGCUGUCAGAGCUGCAAAUAAGGCCAAGGCUGCAGAGGAUGGAACUUCUGCAGCAACCAAAGACUCAAGGGCCCAACCAGAGGAUAUGUCAACCAAUGGCAGCAAUGGUUCCCUGUCACCUGACAGGAAGCAGCAGAUCAGCUCCACCUCUUUGCCCCGCCCUAUAUCACCUGACAGCCCUGAGAUUAUCAACGAGUUGCAGCGCUACACCGGUGGAACAGCUGGAGCUAAAGCAGAGGGUGUAGCAGAGAAACAGACAAACUGCAGCCAGAGCAGUUUUGCUGGUGGAAAUGUGAGCCACCAUGAUGCUUCUGUGAAUAAUGUGAUCCAGCCCAAAAUGGACGCCACUGCAGCCCAAGACCUGAGAACAGGCACCAAGCGUAAAGCCUCCACCCCGUCCCAGGAAGAGCGGCCCAGUAAGCAGCCAUCCACAGGCAAACACUCCUCAGCCCCUCUGGCCUCACAGGGCUUCCCUUUCACCGGGGGGUACGGCCUCUCUCCUCUAGGGCUCAACCCCGCUAUGUUGGGUGGCUCACUGGGGCACCCACUCUUCAUGGGGGCUGGCUCGCCUUACUUCCAGCCCCCCAACAGUCAGUUGGGGGACCCUAGCUGUAUGUACCCAGAUCUGUUUGGCUUUGGAGGGCCCGGUGCAGUCCCCACUUCCUCCUCCUCCCCAACAACAAGCACAGCUACUGCCGUCUCCUCUUCCUCAUCAUUGUCAUCCUCGGCUUCAAUCAAAGCUGCCACUUCAGUCCCAGGAGGCCUGCCGCCAUUUAUGCUGAGCCCCAGCAUGGCAGGCAUGGCUGGGAUGCUCCCGCCAGGAUUCCCUCUCUCAUACAAUCAGUCUCUUGCGAGUCUCUAUACAGGGUCCAUGCUUCCAGGUGGACUCCCGGGUCCAGCUGCCACCCCUGGUCCAACUGGAGCCAGCUUCCUCUCCCAGUACCCUCCCACUACCACCCCCAGCUCCUCUUCCUCUUCUCCUUCCUCCUUCUCCCCUUCAGCACGGUCUGAAGGCCAAAGGGGCCCGGUGCUGAUGAAUGGCAGGAAUGUGAGCAGCACCAGCAGUUCUGAGGAUGAUGAUGAUGACGUGAUUGAAGUCAGCGGACAGUGACAGAUGAAUGAUGCAGUUGUUUGAGCAAGAUUGGUUUGAUUUAAUAAUCAUCGAAAUAGGAUGAAGUCCUAUUUGCAGUAAUGCAGGCAUCAGAGAGCCUGUGGCUGUGGAUGUGAGGGAAAUGGACAAAACAUGAAAAAGAACUGAAAUGAGCCCACGCUAAUGUGUUUCCUUCUGCCCAUGAGAACCAGUCUGAAUGGGCGUUGAAUACAGAGCGACAAAUCUUUACGCUGAAUAUCAGAGGAUGAAACCUGAGGAGGGCAAAGAGAAUCUGAGGACUUUUGGGCUUCCAAGUUUUUGUCCAAUACUAGCAUUGAAUACAAAUCACUGGACUUAGUACUGCUGAGUGUGGGCCUGCAGUGACCACAGAUGGCCACUAGUUGUACUGUUGACUUUAGAGAUUCUAGUUCUGCAGCUUUGCUAGAUGUUGAGACUUUCUUGCUUUUUUCUGCUAUUAAAAGAUGACCGUAGGAGCGAACUGCUAAUGGAAAAAAAAGUUUGAUAGUUAAGGUAGCUGGUAGUAACGUUUGUUAAAUAUCAGUAACUGAAAUGGUCUUGUUUGUCACUUGUCAAAUAUUGCUACUGAAUUCUUCUUAAAAUGGAAACAGAAAAUGAUCAGAGGACGACUAGAAAGCAUUUCUGUUGAGCUCGAUAACUCACUGCCAGAACAGGGAUGCUGUUCAUCUUUGUUCUUGAAGUAAAAACAAAUAAAACACGAUGUUAUCUUGAAUUAUUAAAGAAGCAGUUGAGGCUUGUUGAGGUUAAAGACAAAUACUGAAACCUUAAAACUCUAAUGACAGAAUGUAUGCUUAAUCAAAUGCCUUUAAACCAGGCCUUUUUGGAAAGACUCCUUCUGUUUAGGCAUCAGAGGUGGGAAGAUCUGAUUUAUCUGUAUUUUUGCUUGUGUGUGUGUGUGUAUUUUAUAUUUAUGUAUUCUCUUUUACUUUUUAAAGAAAAAAUCAUUGCCUAAAAGACAGCCAGGUGAAAAUGAGAAAAAAACUGUGUUAAAGUGAGGUUUCCUCCUCGUAGCGGAGAAAAAAAAAAACACCAACAGAAAAUGCCUUUUUGCCUCCAUCUUUCUGAAUGUGAACUGUGAGAGAGGAUAGGUAAAGAGAGACAGACGCUCACAGCGGCUCUCUGAAUCUCACCCACAGUCUUACUGUAGCCUAGAGAAAAACGAUGCAAAACACUCACUCAAGCCUAUAUACGUGUUUGUACAACCCCAGAAGAAUUAAGCUCGCAACCCCGAGUGUUGCUCGUGUCGUUACUGUGUUUGUAUCUGUGUGUCGUGUUCUUUAGGGUUACAAAAGGAAUCAGUGAAAAAGUUGCGUUACCCAGUUUGGAAAUGGCACAGAUUCCACAUCUACUCAUGUUUUAUUUUUACUUUUCCCCAUCUCUUUUUGUGAACAAAGGUCAUUGUGAAACCAAACUGACUUUUACUUCGGAGAGACGGUGUAGCUUUGCCAAAAACAAGCAAUGCAGAAGCACAUCAGAACCUCCAUGGCAGAGGAUUGUGUCUUAAGAGACCAAAUAAUGUCAGUGAUGUAGAGAAGAAUAUAAACCCACCACACGCUCUCCUCACAAUCAACAAGUACAUAUCCAUCCCCCAGUAUGACCUUGCAGGUAACACUGUACACUGCACUGCACUGUAAGAGACACAAAUCUGUAUACGCCUGUAGGCCGGUGGGAAGCUGGAAAAGCUUCAUCGUGUGACCAAGUUCCCUUGUAGAUAGUUCUGCUGUUCCAUUAAUCCCCCUUUUCACUCUGGUCAGCACUGUCCUUUAGUAGAAAAACCUUCUCCUAAAUCAGAGAGCUCUCAGAAGCACCAGACCUUCUGUUCAUAAGACAACAUUGACAAAAAGACGAAGCAUUUCCUGCUCUUUCACUUCCAUUUAUUUGUUCUUCAUACAGAAAAUGUUAGUUUACUUAUGAGUCAUUUUUUGUUCUCCUCUUUUUACAAUGUUUGAAUUUACCAAAUUAAUUUAUUUAUGACGGUGCAUAUUUAUUCAUUUGUAUUUUUAUUUUUGUACAAUGUUCUUUUUUGUUUCUUUUUGUUGCUUUUCUUGAUCUUGUUUGUAAGUUUUUUUUUUUUUUAUGGUCAUAUUACAAGUGUUGUUACUUUGGAUCGUAACAUUUUGUUUUUUUAGAGAACUGAUGAUCUGCCAGUCUGACCCGAGCAUGUGAACUUGUGCAGAACUUGCAUGUGGACCAACUUGUUAGUGCAUUACUGUGCAAUUGAAUAGAAUACGGUGUUUAAAAGUAAAUACUGUAUCCCAUUUAUGACAACUCUGAUCGUCUCUUUAUGAGAAAUCCAGAAAAAGGGCAUCAGGGACACGACAUUUACUGUGAUAGUGAGAUGUGAUGAACAUUUCUCUGAUCUUUAUGAGCUCAGAUGACUCCGUUGUCCUGCCUGUUCACAAAAUAUCCUAUUAAUUUUUAUUCUAAAUGAGAUGAGCCAUUCUUUGCAUGUAAAUAAUGCUAAUUCACAAGUAUUGGGUCAGAAACUGAGGCGGUCCAACCAUACAUCAGUCGAAAAGAAAGAAAAUAAUAUCAAGUGCUUCUCUUUCCUUUUUUAAAAUUUCUUUAUUACCAUAUCAUCAGAAAUGUCCAUCUGUGUCCUCCCUGUGACAGCAAGCCAGCGAGUGUCCUCAGUGUUAAAUUGUUUGGUUGAGCCGACUGAUUUCUAUUUCACAGCUUUCUACUUGAAUUUACAUAUUUAUUUAUGAAAACCAAUCGGGUCGGGUGAGAUGGACCGACCGUCUCCUGUUCCAUUUUAGCUGAGGAGAAGAUUAAAGCUGCUGUCUUUGAGGAUCGGCUCUGUUCAAAGCCUGUUUGUGUAGUUUAUCGAUGGAUAUUGUGUAUGACCUUGGAUUACUUUUAGAUCCUUUUUUGUUCUUUUUUUGGAAGUUUGUAAAUAAAAAGAAACAUGUUCUAAAUAAUACUUUUCCUACUUUAUUUUACAGUAGCAGUAGCAGAUGUAGUGCCUACACCCCUCUGUCUGUCCCCUCACACACACACCAACGAACACAAAGGGGCAUGUUUAAAGUUAAGAACAACUUUACAUUGCUUCCAAAAAGUCUUUUCAGUUUAACUCCAAAAUUCAUCACAUUUUACUGAAAUUUUAACUCUGUAUUAUACGGGUGUCUUUGUGGCUUAAGGUAGAUGCAGUAAAAUUAGCAUGUCUGUUAUCUAGUUUGAUGUUGUCAGCAGUACGGCUGAGGAGUCAGACUUUUUAACUCAAUCCCGUGCUUUGCAUGUCAAGGGUUAGGGUGUCCCGGUUCUAGUUGGAGAGGUGGGGUAGCAUGCAGAGGCAGGGGUAUGUGGGCCUUUUAACAGAUUUUCCACUGGCCCACUUUAGAACAAGUGUUGUGGGAAAUCCCAUUGCACCGUCUCGACUAUUUGUCAGGGUCAGAGGGUCGUUCCAUUUUGUCAAGGAAACAUUUCACCACUACCUCUUUUAACUCUGUUCUGGGGGGCAAGGGGGUCAUAGAAAACAAGGGCAGGGGUUAAAACCUAAAAUGGGAGCUGUUCUGCUUCCCUUACCACUCUGUUUCACCAUCGUUGUGCAACCUGAUACUACAACUAGGCCCUCGUGCUACCUUUGAACCCCAACUGGGUCAACUCCACUUGGUCCAAACCUUUGGAGGGUCAUCCAGUUUUAGAGGGGAAGGUUUCACUGCUGCCCCUUGUAAUUCUGUUCGAAUGGACAAAAGGGGCUCAGAAAUAAAGGGUAGGGGUAAAAUAUAGAAAUAGGAGUUAGCCUUGCAAUGGAAUCCCUCUAGGCUUUGUUUAGAAGAAAAAAUGUCUCACGAGGCCCUAAAAUAGCAAAAAGACACUCUGCUGAAUGACUGAUGUGAAGUUAAAGGCCCAUUUUUUAUGAAAAGGCCUGUUUUUUUCUUUCCUUUAUAUAAAAAGAAUGCCCAAUAAAGCCAAAAUAAAUAAUAGCUUCAAAAAGUCCCCACACAAUAAAGCUGUUCAUGUGUGGCUUUUAGGAUGUUUUAUAUUUUUCCCCUGAGAAAGAGCUGAAUUGGGACACUGGAUGAACCAAAGCGAUAGAGACCAGAUUAGUUUCUGAAACUCUAAAGGAGAGUAACGAAAAAUAAAUGGCACCUUAUGAAGACAAGCUCAUGAUCUAAAGCAUUUGGCUGAGAGAAAUAACAUGAAGUGUCAUCAAAAUGUAGGAAGAAUGUUAUUUUUCAGAUUAAUUUACUUCAAACUUGUGCAAGCUAAAUAUAAGAUGUUCUUAUUUGUUAAUCCAUUUGCAUCACAAAUACUUCACCACAAAAAAUAUUUGAUUAAAUAUUCUUGUAGUGCAGCUGCAGAUUAGUCAAAUGUAACAUGAAUGGUUUGUUGCAUACUACCCCACUUUUUCAUCGUAUUGAUAUCUCCAAAAUAGGAUGUGCUUUAAGUCAACUUGUGAAAAUUCAACAAUCACCAGCCUUUAUCUUAUAAAUAGGCUUGAGAUUUAGGUUGGUGGUGUCAUAUUGCAUAUUCCACUCAUAAAGGAGGAAUAUAAUGUAUAUUUAGAGGAUCAUGGACCUCAAUUUUCAAUGAGGGGGGUAAAAAGUCGUAAUGAUCUUAGAGUACAAUAUGCCAUCUGGUUUAUGUCCUCCAAAGAGAGGACUUGCUAGCUUCUGAUGGCUUUGCAGGAAUUAAACAGGACUGGGAAUACAUCACAUCACUUUUGCUGACUUGCAUGGUUAUUAAAUAUCAAAACCUGACAACCAGUUUUAGUUUGUAUGUAUUCUGUCAUUAUACACUCUACACUGAUGCACCAGCCACAAUGACUGGAUUAGCAGAGUUUCCAUCAUUAAUGAACUAGUGUUUCAGUUUUAAAUUGUGCCUCUAAAUCAACUGUACACAACAAAGUACUUUAAGUUAUCCAUCACAGCCAGAAAAAAAUAUCUAUGCCUGGCUGAAGGUCUCAGUCUGAACAUAAUGAUGCUGAGAUAUACCUUUUUAGAGUGCAUGAGUCUAAAAAUUAAAAAUAAAGACGUUACGUAUAGAGGUGUCCUAUGUGAGUCUACACAGCAUGUUAAGCACAACAGACAUCUCACUUUUUAUUUUUUAUAUUAAAUGGUGCCUGAGAUCUCUUUCUGUUUCUGUAAACUUUAAAUGAAGGUUGCUGUUGCAGUGUGUCCUUGUUUUUGUUACAACAUAUUUGUAUG